GCGGGACCCGAGCGCUGCACCGAGCGCAGCCGGACGCGGCCGACUGACCCGGUCGCUGUGGCAACGCGGCGGGACCCGGCAGCGCUGCUGGCGGCCGUUCAGGUCUGGAAAACUCACACUGUUUUUCCUCUACUCUCACACCACAAGAAUCAUCAGCACAGAGGAAGACUUCUGUGACCAAAUGUGGCGGGAGAGGGAGUUUGUCACCAGCAUGUGAGCAGUCAGCUCUGCAGCAGACUCGGCUGGGUGUCCUUCAGUUCAGUUCCACUAUCGCCUGCCUGGAGAGAGGUCAGACCACAGGGUGAGGGCUCAGUCCCCAACAUGCAGCCACCCAAUGGGUUCACCCCGCCCGCUGCCUAGGCAGAGCCGAUUCACCGAGGCAGGAAUUAGGAUCGAGAAAGACGGCCACCAUGCUGCCACUGGACUCAGAGCCGGCCCUGAAUGAGCUGCUGCUUCGCAAGGAGGAGGAGUGGAGGGCGUUGCAGGCCCGCCGCAGCCAGCUGCAGGAGGCGGCUCUGCAGGACACACGGAGCCAGCUGGAGGAGGCGCAGGGGAAACUGCGGUGCCUGCAGGAGGACUUUGUCUACAACCUUCAGGUGCUGGAGGAGCGGGACCUCGAGCUGGAGCGCUAUGAAGCUGCCUUCGCCCGGGCCAGGGAGUGGGAGGAGGCCAGGCGGGCAGAGGUGAGCGAGCUCAAGAUAGAGGCAGCUAAGCUGAGGCAGGCGCUAGCCAGAGAGGCCAGGAAGGUGGAGGAGCUGCAGCAGCAGCAGCAGCUGGUGUGGCAGGAGCAUCGCCUGGAGCUGGAGCGCGUCCACAGUGACAAGAAUGGUGAGAUCGACCACCACCGGGAACAAUAUGAAAAUCUGAAAUGCAGGCUGGAGAGAAAACUUGAGGAGCUCGAUGGUGAGCUUGCUCUGCAGAGACAGGAACUGCUGCUGGAGUUUGAAUUGAAAAUGCAGAAGAGGGAGCACGAAUUCCGUCUGCAGACUGACAACAUGAGCAACACAGCCUUGUCCCAGGAGCUCAAGGUUAAACUACUGCACAAAGAGCUGGAGGUUCUGAAGGAGGCCGGGGCAAAGGCUGCAGAGAGUCUACAGAGGGCAGAGGCCACCAACGCCGAGCUGGAGAGGAAGCUCCAGAGUCGAGCCGCGGAGCUCCGGGACCUGGAGGCCAUGAACUGCGCCCGGGUAAAGGACUUAGAGGAUAAACUUCACUCUGUGCAGCUAACCAGGAAGAAGGAAGAGGAAACAUUUAAGAGGAAGUUUCUAUACAGUGCCAAUCCCACUUUCACACUUGAGUCUCAGUGCCCAUGUCAUAGACAGUUCCACGUGGUAAAAAAUCAAGGCAGGCAUGAGUGGUGGGAGCCCUUCUGCAGGAGUGUCUGUCUGAUGUCAGUUUGUUUUCUGGCACUGCUUCUACAUCUGUUUCCUCGUCUGGCACCGGUUCGGAAACACUCGUCCCCAUUGAGUUGUCUCCCGUUCAUUCCUCUGCUGUGGGGUCAGCUCUGGGGUUUCUCCAAGAUCCAUGCUGUGAAAUCCUUCACCCCGCACCCUGACCUUUUUUUUUUUUUUUUUUUUUUUGGCCAUAUUGCAAUUGAUCUCAUGAUUUGCUUGAUCGGCACCAUUGGACGUCCUGUGAAGUCAGGCACGACAUCUAGACACAGCUUUCUUCAGGAAUUUAUUAUUUGGGGCUUGAUGGCUUCCGUGGCUUUUUCUAUAGCAGCGAUGGCUUCAGUGGUGGAAACCCGCCAGGCUUUCAGGGUGUUCUUCUCUCUGUGGGGUUUUCGGCCGCAGCGUUGACAUCCUCUCCAAAGAGCGCCAUGUGUGGUGAGCCUUAAGUUCCGUAUGGCCUCUGAUAAAGGCUAAAUUGGAGGCAUUGUGUCUGGAGGCAAGCAGACGAUGUCGACGCCUUGCUGUUGAACUCAUGGGUUCUGGGUGGCAAGAGGCAUUGUCCAUUAUCAAAAUAACUUUUUGGAGACAGCCUCUCUGCUGCCCAGGCAGAUGGUGCAGUGAUGCAGUCUCAGCUCACUGCAGCCUCCGCCUCCGGCGUUCAAGUGAU